CACACAAGUAAUACUAAUAAAUAGUAGAAAUAGCAAUAUAGUUUUGUGAUUUCCUCAGAAUUAUGGAGGUAUUUUCCAUAUUUUUCCUAAACUUGUUUAAAUACCGACGAAUAGAGUGUGAGUGUAGCUGAGCUCAGAUAUUGAGGUAAAAAGGAGUGGACAUCCGAAGAAAAAACCUAAAACCGGAUCUUGCUCUCGAGGAUGAUGGGAUUACUCUCAAACCAAAUCUCCAGAGAGACAUUGAAGCCUGGAGAUCACAUCUACUCAUGGCGUACCGCUUAUAUCUACUCUCACCACGGAAUCUAUGUAGGCGAUGAGAAGGUGAUACAUUUCACUCGUGGAGGUGGUCUGGAAACCGGAACCGGGACAUUCGUGGACAAGUUCAUCGCUAGUUCUGUUCCGAAUCAUGGAGGAGACAACAACCCGUGUCCUAAGUGUGGAGAUCAAUCCAAACGCGACGGUGUAAUCUCUUCUUGCCUUGAUUGCUUUCUCGCCGGAGGAAACCUCUAUCUCUUCGAGUACGGUGUCUCUCCAGCUUUCUUUGUCGCAAAACAACGAGGAGGUACUUGCACAACAGCACCUUCAGAUCCUCCUGAAGAAGUUAUUUUCCGUGCGAAAUUCCUCUUAUUGCGAAACGCUUUCGGUGCUUACAAUCUGUUUGAGAACAACUGUGAAGAUUUUGCCAUCUAUUGCAAAUCUGGUUUGGUUGUCAUGUCAAAUAUCAAGUUGGGAAGUAGUGGUCAAGCCAAUUCGGCGUCUAUAGCAAGGGAUGCUGUUUCUUCGCCAUUGGGACUUCUUGGGGUGGUGAACGCUAGUGGUAGAGCAGCUUCGGUGGUUUCUUCAACACUUCGCAAUUUUGGUGCUGCUUUUGGUGGUCUGGUGUUGGUAGGGGGGUAUGGUAAGUAUUGUAUGGAUUGUCUGUAUUCUGACAUUGGUAUGAGAUCCGAUGUUACUAAGUUGACUGUGCAAGGGCUCGUUUCCAUUAUUGAACUCAUGGAAGGCAGAUCGGAGGACAACAAGUCAAUUGUAGAUCAGACUGAAGGCAGGGACUUACCACCGACCAUUACUCACGUUCAUGAGAAGUUGAUCAAUCAUGAAGCUAAGCUCUUGUCUCCCACUAUGCACUCUGCGCUUCCAGUCACGGCCAAUGUCUCAACGCAACGCAACAACAACAAUUCAAAUCGCCAUCACAACAACAACAGGAAUCACUACAACAACAACAGCAAUUCGUCUUCAAACUGGCAGCCAUCAUACAACAAAACAGAGCAGAGAGGUCCACGUCCUUAUCUCGGGCGCUGUCAGAUCUGCAGCGUACAUGGUCACUCUGCGAGGAGAUGUCCGCAACUUCAGGGUCGUGUCACUCACGUUCAUGAGAAGUUGAUCAAUCAUGAAGCUAAGCUCUUGUCUCCCACUAUGCACUCUGCGCUUCCAGUCACGGCCAAUGUCGCAACGCAACGCAACAACAACAAUUCAAAUCGCCAUCACAACAACAACAACAACAACAACAACAACAACAACAGGAAUCGCUACAACAACAACAGCAAUUCGUCUUCAAAUUGGAGGACAACAAGAAGUCUAGUUAGUUGACAUUAUUGAUGUUUGUUUGAUGACUAGUUGUUGAGUAAGACAGAUUUUGCUUUUCUUCUUUGUUUGUUUGUGAAAACUGUAUUUUAACUAUUUGUCGAAUGGUAAUUACAGUUUUGGUAA